GUUGCCGAACAGUUUCCUUCCUCUCUGAGCAAGAUGGCUGGGGGUGAGGUUGGAGUGACUCUCGGGCAGCCACAUCUUUCCCGACAGGAUCUCGCCACAUUGGACGUCACCAAGUUGACACCACUUUCACAUGAAGUUAUCAGCAGACAAGCUACAAUUAAUAUUGGUACAAUUGGCCAUGUAGCUCAUGGGAAGUCCACUGUAGUAAAGGCUAUUUCUGGAGUGCACACCGUCAGAUUCAAAAAUGAACUAGAAAGAAACAUUACCAUCAAGCUUGGAUAUGCCAAUGCCAAGAUUUAUAAACUUGAUGACCCAAGUUGUCCUAGACCAGAAUGUUACAGGUCAUGUGGCAGUAGUACACCGGAUGAGUUUCCCACAGACAUUCCUGGGACCAAAGGGAACUUCAAAUUAGUCAGGCGUGUUUCCUUUGUUGACUGUCCUGGCCAUGAUAUUUUGAUGGCUACAAUGCUGAACGGCGCAGCAGUGAUGGAUGCAGCUCUUCUGUUGAUAGCUGGUAAUGAAUCAUGCCCUCAGCCUCAGACUUCUGAACACCUUGCUGCCAUAGAAAUCAUGAAACUCAAGCAUAUUUUGAUCUUACAGAAUAAAAUUGAUCUGGUAAAAGAAAGUCAGGCUAAGGAACAAUAUGAGCAGAUUCUUGCAUUUGUACAAGGAACAGUGGCAGAAGGAGCGCCAAUUAUUCCAAUCUCUGCUCAGCUGAAAUACAAUAUUGAAGUUGUCUGUGAGUACAUAGUGAAGAAAAUACCGGUGCCCCCAAGAGACUUUACUUCAGAGCCCCAUCUCAUUGUUAUCAGGUCAUUUGAUGUCAACAAACCUGGCUGUGAAGUUGAUGACCUUAAGGGAGGUGUAGCUGGUGGUAGUAUUCUGAAAGGAGUCUUAAAGGUAGGCCAGGAGAUAGAAGUAAGACCGGGUAUUGUUUCCAAAGAUAGUGAAGGAAAGCUCAUGUGUAAGCCAAUCUUUUCCAAAAUUGUAUCACUGUUUGCGGAACAUAAUGAUCUUCAGUAUGCCGCCCCAGGUGGUCUCAUUGGAGUUGGAACAAAGAUCGACCCCACUUUGUGCAGAGCUGACAGGAUGGUGGGACAAGUGCUUGGUGCAGUUGGAGCUUUACCUGAAAUAUUCACAGAACUGGAAAUUUCCUAUUUCCUGCUGAGACGUCUCCUGGGUGUACGAACUGAAGGAGACAAGAAAGCAGCAAAGGUCCAAAAGCUGUCUAAGAAUGAAGUGCUUAUGGUCAAUAUAGGAUCCCUGUCAACAGGAGGAAGAGUUAGUGCUGUCAAGGCUGAUUUGGGCAAGAUUGUUUUGACUAAUCCUGUGUGCACAGAAGUAGGAGAAAAAAUUGCUCUUAGCCGAAGAGUUGAGAAACAUUGGCGUUUAAUUGGUUGGGGUCAGAUAAGAAGAGGAGUGACCAUUAAGCCGACUGUAGAUGAUGACUGAGGAGUCCAAUUUAAACGAUGCCUUGGGAUGGAGUUCGAAUUUCUUUUACUAGCCUAGGGUAUAUUUUCAAAGCAAUACUAGCGAAUUACUUUCAUAGCUCAUUACCUUGGUAGUAGCUGUAAGACUAUUCUCAUAUUUUGGUGAUGAAAAUAGGGCCCACAAGUAAAUGUGAAAAGUGGUAUACUAUAUACUAUAUUGGAUUAGAUCUA